AUAUGGUACGUGCUACGUGUCAGGAAAUUCUACUCAAUUUAAUGUAAAAGCAGAAUGCAUUUUAGAUUCACGUGCUGUGUUGCCUAGCCGGUGAUUUAUCGAUGCGAGUUUUUAGUGCUCGUGGUGUGGUACCCAUGUGGGGGAUACCCUUCCCUUCAGCGCGCCCGCGCCGCAGACUUGAAGUAUUGAUCCACAGCAUUGAUUACCUUGAGCUGACGAGAAUUCCACAUUGAAAAUGCACCAGAGGUACCUUUGCCUCCAAAAUCCCUUGUCACCAAGAGUGCUCUCAUUGGUUAGGGCGUUCAGGUUUGGGUAUGCUGAUCUUAAAGUGAUGCAAUAAAAAUGACAAAAAUGGUCCGUUCAUGUUCAGAUUCGUAUUAUUUUCAACUAGUUUUUGAGUACCUCAUACACAUGAACUUAUCUGAAACGGCUACAACUUUUAAAAGAGAAUGUGGUUUAAAGAGAUACAACUUGAAAUUCAAUGAGGAGUUGUGUAGCAGCAGUGCACCUACUUUUAACGUUCCCAAAAUUGUCCUUUAUCUUCCAACAACUUUGCAUGCAGAUGAAUAUAGUUCCCCAGAAUCAGUUUCUAAACAGAGCAGUAAUUGUAAUUGUUUUUCUCAUGAAGACACUCAUGACAUUAUUCUCAUUAAGCCUCAUAAAUGGGAAGAAAAAAUCGGAAAAUCGACAAAUACACAAAAAGAGAGUCAGCAGAAGCUUUCAAAAAUUGAAAACUCUGAUUUCAUGGGCAGUUAUGAUAAUUUAUCCUUCUUUGUUAAAAGACACAAUGAAAAUGCUCUGCUGUCCUCACAGCCAAAACAGAACAUCUUUUUAAGGAGUGAAUCAAUAACAGCUAAAUCAGACCCAAAUAAGGAACACAACCUUAACUAUACACAACUGAAGACAAAGUUCAGUAAGCUGCACAGUGACUAUCACAAUUUAAUAGGUGUUGCUUCAGAACUCACUGCUGCCUUGGAGAUGAGUGCACGAGGUCAGCAAAUUGAUUUGAGACAAACUCUCAACAACUGUGUGCAGAUAUAUCCAGAACUUUUUUUGUAUGACAUAAAUGCAAAAGAUAUUUCUAAAAAGGAUAUAAAAGGAAGAUUUUCAGUGAGGUCAACAAACUGUGAGUGGAGACUUCACAUUCCCUUAAUCAAAAGACACUUACAGGAAGGGAAUGUAAAAACACGUCUCCUGCUGUUACAAGCAUUACGUUGGGCUAUAACAAAAAGUUCUUCUCAGAAAAGAGAGUGCAUCAUGAGUCAAUAUGUGUGGUGGGAUUUACUUAAUCUAAAAAAAGGUUCAUUACUCAAAAGCUUACUUGCACCCCUUGGAGUUGUUACACCUCACCCUCUGCAACAGUCAGUUGCUCGUUUGCUGAACACAGUUGCCUCUGUUCAGUCUGGUCGCAAUUAUUUAGCUCAAAAUUCUCAAACUGUAAAUGUCACUGCCGCUGUCCUGCAACAGCUUGAUGGAAUAUCUUCUGAUUCUACCACUCAAAAUAUGCUGUUGGCAGCCCUCCAGAAGCUUAGUCUAAGGAGAAACCAAAGAGUUGCAAUGAUCCAAGCUGGCAUGGUUGAAUGGUUAUUUCAACAAUUUUCAAAUCAUGAUGAAGAGUCCUUGUAUUCAGUUGAGUACGGCACUGCUCUUCUAAUGAACCUCUGUCUCCAUCAAUCUGCUAGAGAACUAUGUAUUCCUAUGGCCCAAAAUGUGCUCACUGUACUUAUACGUUUGCUUUCAACUCCAGUAACCCAGGCACUGGCUUAUAUAAAUGGAACAUUAUACAGUUUAAUCACACACCCUAAACUAAAUGACGCUGCAUUAGCAAUUGGUUUACAAGAGGCCUUAGAGUAUAAUAUUAAGAAACAAACCAAUGCAGAGAUCAGAAAGCAAAUGCAGCAUAUUCUGGAGUUCCACAAAAGCUUACCUCGUUGUUCAAAUUUCAGUACAGCUUCCUUUACAAUUAGUGAGGGAGAGAUGAUAGAUGAAGAUGAUGAAGAUCUAGAACUCUUAGGAGACGAACUUGAUGAAAGUGAUCCUGUUCGUAAUAUUAAUGGAGAACUAAGUGGAGAGAACUUGUUAGAGGCCUGUUACACUCUACCAGAAAAUAAUGGAGAAACCACACAGUCAGAAUCGGAACCUUCUGAGGGUAGCACAUCUUUGAUGUUUGGCCCCUCUACUCCUCAGCACUUAAGACAAAAUAUCUUACAUCGCAUAACAGAACAAGUUGGGAAUGACAUGAAUACUGAAAUAACUGAGGUGCACAAUGUAAGCAUAAAAAAUAAUUGGCACUGCAGAAAACUUAGAACAGGAAACCAGCAGAAAAACCAUGAAAUGCCAAAUCAACAUUCAUUAUCAGGAAGUGAUACAAGUGACGCCCCCCAGGAAUAUGAGGGAGAAAUAAUGUCAUCCAAAGAAGUUCUCUGGAAUGAUAAAAAAAUAACCGAACCCACAUUUAAUUUAACUAAUGAGCUCUUAAAUCUUCCAUCAGAUGUUUCAAAGAUAACUGUUCCUGAAAUUUCAAUACAUUUGGUUGAUAGUAAAGAAAAUUCUAUCAAUACUUCUGAUGUAGAUGAAGACUCAGAAGAUGUUCAAGUAGCUUCCACUGGGUUACAUAAAGAGCAGUCUGGGGAUGAAUUUUCUUCAAAUACCUUGAAAGGAGGCACUGCCUCUGCAUUUACUUCCCGGCCCAAAAUACCCCGUACCCCUCCACAGUCUUAAAGAAGACAUCUAUUCUAAUAUUUAUCUUUUUCAACAAAUUUUAUUCAUUGAAUUUAAAAAAAUAAAAAGUAUGAUUAUUCCA